CCCACACCUGCGCUGAGUGAGAAAAAAGUAAACAACGAAUUGGUGAAAAUGGCGAAGGAGCUGCUAGAUGAUGCUUGCGAAAACUACCAAAAUCCAAUGGAAUCAACGAUUUUAAACAAUCAUGAAUGCACGUCUUCGUCAAACCUGAAGAACUCAUCUUUAAAAGUGGAACUGCUACAAAAAUUGGAAACAGUGACCAUGUAUUUCAUCAAGAUUUGCUGGAGUCGGAUGAGUAGGGCACUAUCAAAACUGCCAGCGGAACUCAACCUUGCUGAAACCGUGUUGGUUUCCCAUCCGACAGUUUCUCCAACAAGUCCGAAAAAAAUCCUAGAUAGAGGUGCUUUGAACGUACCUGAACCAUAUUGGGGCGAUGGUGUACGAUAAGAGAAUAAAAAUACUUAAUACGUACAUAUUUAUUAGGAACAACAAUCUUAAAAGUAAGUAAAUAAUAAAAUGAAAUAAUAUAAAAUAGCAUGAAUUAUUAUGAAAUCCGAAAUCUCCAUAUUCUACGUCUGUGUGCGUGCUCCGUUAGCGCACAAUUUUCAUAACCGUUUGCAUAACGUUGGAAGAACAUCAUAUCAAACCGUUUCACGACUAUUACUAUUAAUGUUUGGUUACGGGGGAACCUUUUGAAAAACUGUAACAGAAACAAUUAGACGACACAAUCACGCUUCCCAUGAGUGUUUUUGGAUGUUAUCUCAACUGUUUGUAGAACAGUUCCUCCAUAUAAGCGUUUUAACAGUUUUUAACAAUUACAUAACCUAACGACAUAUUAAAAAUACUGUGAAUUCGG